AUGACGACCUCAAAAGACUCAGACGCGCAGAAGCCUGUCUCGGUCCUCUUCGUGUGCCUCGGCAACAUCUGCCGCUCACCAAUGGCCGAAGGAGUAUUCCGCCACAUCACAAACCACACACGCCCAAACGCCCACCCCAUGAUCUCUUCAAUCGACUCCUGCGGCACAGGAGCCUACCACGCAGGAGAACAACCCGACCCACGCACAAUCUCCGUCUUGAACGCCCACAAAAUCACCUCAUCCUUCUACACACACCAAGCCCGCACAUUCCGAAACUCUGACUUGAAAGAGUUUGACUACGUGUUUGCAAUGGAUAGGGAUAAUGAGGAGCACUUGCUGAAUGCGAGAAAGAGGAUGAUCAAGAAGGGGGAGUUGACAGAGGAGGAGGCCGCAGAGGUUAUGUUGUUUGGUGUUUGGGGUGGGAAGGGUAAGGAGGAGGUGGAUGAUCCUUAUUAUGGCGGCGCGAGAGGGUUUGAUAUCGCGUAUGAGCAGGUCGAGAGGUUCUCGAACGGCUUUGUCAAGAUGUUGGAGGAGCGUGGGUCGGAGAAGAAGUGA